AUGUCAUCGACGUUGCGUCCAGCCACGUCAUUUUCUCGUGAGCAUGAUCGUCGAGGAUGCCGUUGUCCGGACUCAAGUGCACGCGACUUGUUGCCGAAGCUAAUCAUUGAUUUCGUGGGAUUGACAGCUAGAGACCCCCCUCGUAGAUACGUGGUCAUUAUCAAUAACAAAAAUGAAGGCUUACUGGUUACCUGCUGUACGAGGCCAUUAUUAUUGUCCAUAAGAAUAAAAGCAAACCGUCGUCCUUGCCAACCGCCGUGUUCGUGA